CUAAGGACACAUAAUCCGCACGUUUCCCAUCGACAAGCAGGGUUCACGCUGGCCGCGUCCGGCCGAAGGAUGUACUGUCAAGUGUCGGGCGACAUCGCAUGAGUUGCUUCCGGGGUUUAUAAAACCCUGGAAGCAAUCGACACCACUCCACAAACUACCACCAUCUCCUUCUCCAUCUCUCUCUCAAAAGAAAAACAUCACCUUAUUCUGAACCAUCUAGAAACGUCUUUUCUGAUUAUUUGUUUUUACUUCCUUGAGCUUUCGUUCCCAUCUUCUUCCAUAUAUCUAAUUUUCUUCCUGCUGGUCAAUGAAUUCUGCACCUUCGGCCAUAUCUCACAUGUCGUCUCUUCCAUCGUCUAAAGCACCUCCUCUGAUAUCUACUGCAGCUUCCAUUUGGGCCCCAAAGCCUUACACGCCCGCUCAGCCUCAUCAUUGGCCGGAGCAAGUCGCCUCUUGGCCGUCGAUGUCUGGUCAUCCACUGCCUUCUCAGUCUCAAGUACUUAACGAGAGGACUAACAUGCAUGAGCGGGGGAGGGCUCCAGGCCUGAACGAGAACGCGCUUGUCGUUGAUCGAGAACGCCGUCAGCGCGUCGGGGCCAUCGGCGAAGGAAGGCAAAACGGUAAUGGUCCUGCAACUUCAAUAGUGCGUGCGUUCCUCGAUCUCUACAUCCCUUCACGCGUCGGUCAUUGCUUUCAUACUUUUCCGAGAUCGCGCCCUUUCAUAUCAUUUUCCAUUCCGGGAAAUCGCGUCGCCGCUGUCCGAUCCCGAUCCUUGGCGUUCCUUGCAGACUAAUUGUCGUUCAUGUUACACUCUUCGAGAGCGCUGAUACUAACUUCCGUUCUUCUUCCCCGCGAUCACCCAGAAGAAGACAUUCAAAGUUAUUGAUUCGCUUCAGCUCAUUCCCGACCCUGACGAACCAGUCAAUGUAAAAAGUCUCACGCUCGAUCUUUCGGGUAUAGACCUCGAUAACAUCGGCUCUUCAAUCUCUAAAAAGGAGGAUACUCCAGCUCUUCCGAC